CUUGCCGAUAAUUAUAAAGUACCUAGUCAUUGUAAAUAAUCGAUCGUACAACCACGCGAAAAUACACAACCUUAGACUUCUACAAUGUCUUUACUAGAAAGACAUCUGGAACAGAUUGCUCUCUCGGCGGAUUCAAUAGCGUCAUUGCCCUUUCCCCCUCCUCAGAUCUUUACCAAUGCUCUUCUCUCCAAUCAAGACAUUACAGCCCUAAUUCGCGACACUGAACCUCAUGAACGCGCCCUCUUUUCUGUUCCUCCACCCCCACCACCUCCAACCCAAAUAGCUCCCGAGCCCAAACCAUCAAAGUCCCGCCGCCAAACAGUCUUCAAUGUAACAUCCGGCGAAGUAGCUCCUGCAUCAGGUCCUAACGGUCGAGCACCUCGGCGAAAUACUGCUGUUGCCGCUGUGCUUGGCGCAGAAUUGCAUUCUCAGGUUCGCAAAACAGAGACUGGGAAGGGGGAAAUUGAUAUCGAGGUUUUAUUGAAGGGGGCGGAGAAAUUGAAUGGGGUGUAUCCUGUACAAGGGGUUCCAGAGAGGAUAAGAGGAUUAAGAAGUAGGUAUGCGCAACUAAGGGAGAGCGUGAAGCGACACGAACAGAAGGUGCAGAAACAAACGAGAGAACUGGAGAGGAUGAAUAGGGGGAAUGACACUGAGAGUGGUGAGGAGGACAAUCAGCAGGUGAACGAAGAACCGUCGGAGAUAGAGAUCACGGAUGAAGAUUUGAGGAGAGAGGAGAGGGAGGUCAGGGAGCUGGAAAUGAAGAGGAAGGCAUUAGAAGAGAGAGUAACCGGGAUGGAAAGAGAUCUAGGAGGAUUACUGAGAUGAGCUCCCACGUACUGAUUCUGAGCAUGGUGGGAUGAGUAUCUCCAUUUGACUUCACGAUUUAUGAGGCUGUAUAUUUUUUGAUACCCGGAUUAUGGAGUUAUUGUCAUAUUUGC